UUUUUUGUCUCUCGUAAUUUGGCGAGUAAAAUAAAAAUAUUUUUCACUAUUACACUUUAAUAAUUUUAUUUUUAAUGAAUUCUUGUUUUCUUUUUGUUUUUUGGUUGUUAUGGCUGUACUAAUACGUGUACAGAGUAUUUUUGUUUAUUUAAUAUUUAAAAAGUAAAGAUGAUAAUUUUCUUUCAAUGAAUAAUUUAAAAUUUGUUAAUUUUUAUUUUAUUUUUAAAUUGGGAGAUUGAAUCUAGUGAUUUUUAAUAAACAGGGGUGAAGAAAAAAAGGUGGUGGAUAGUCCAGUUACUAUCGGUCAACUGGCCAUCCUCAUUAAUUUUUUUACAAAUUUCAGAUAAUUCUAGUAUAUUUAUUUUGAUUAUUCUAUUUUAAAAUGUCUGAAUUAUUUAAAGAUAUUGGUGGGAAACUGACAGCAAUUUAUUUUUCUGCUCAUUGGUGCCCUCCGUGUAGAGCCUUUACUCCAGUACUUAAGGAAUUUUAUGAUCAGGCAAAAGCUAGUGGUGAAAAUUUUGAAAUUGUUUUUGUUUCUUUUGAUCGUUCUGAAGGGGAUCUUAAAAAUUAUUUGGCUGAAUCGCAUGGAGAUUGGUUAUAUAUUCCGUUUGGUAGCAGCAAUAUUAGUGUUUUGGUCAAAAAGUAUGACGUGAGCGGCGUUCCAGAACUUAUUAUUGUUAAAUCAAAUGGAGAUAUAAUUACUCGAAAUGGGAGAGCUGAAGUUCAGAGUAGUCAAUCGGCGAAGGAUGUUAUUGCAAAUUGGAAGGCAAAAGCUUAAAAGGAAGAUUUUAAUGUCAUAGGAAAAUUAAAAGGAUUUUUCUGGAAAUAUUUAAGUAAUUCUUGUAUUGUGACAUACAUAAAAAUAAAAUUUUAAAUAGUUUUCUUCAAUUAUUCGGAGCAUCUUCGAUUUCUAUUUUUGAUUUAAAAAAAAAAUAAGAAUCAUUCGAAAAGUUUAUCCUUUAAAUUUUAAUCGUAAAAAUAUUGUGUAGAAUUGGUUUUUUGGAUGCUAGGGCAAUGCCAAGAAUUUUUUUCGUAAAAAUACAGUUUAACUCCGCCACAAUCUCCGAUUAAAUCUGGUUGUUUACUCUCCAAUUUAGCCUGGUACAAAACAGGAUAUAUCCCUAUAAUUCUGCGAUUUUUCCCUUUCAUUCCACUAAAUAACUUGUA